AUGAUAGUCUUCAAACGGGCAAGUGAGAAAGCCCUACGGGUUCAACUUAGCUGUCGCCUGCAAUAUGAAGUCCGCCUUGCAGAAAAGGCGCGGACAUGUCCGAAGGUCUUCUACAGCUAUGUCCACUCCAAGGCAGCAGCAAAAGAGGCCGAUGCCACGGGCACCCACUCAACCACAAACUCUGUCAAGUCGGCAGUUUUGCGAGAGUUUUUCGAGCGAGUGCACCGGGCGGAUUACGGGAGGGAACCUGAGAAUGUGGAUUCAACUCUGACAGGCGAAAUGUCGCAUUUACCAUAA